AAGAUAGAAAGAGAAAAUAACACAGAAUUAACAUCAUCGUAAUCAUGCAUUAAACAAUCUCAACAUUAAAUUCUUAACCAACAUAAGGACACACCAAAACCAAAAUUAAGACACAGACAAACCCCAGAUCAUUUGAUGAGGAUCCCUUUAACAACCUCCACCUGCACCGAAUCUAUGUCCCUCUCUUUCAUUCUCUUCUGAGCAACAACCUGCGAAUAAAUACUCUCUCUCUCUCUCUCUCUCUCUCUCUCUCCGUCUCUGUGGCUAUCAACCUCUGUUGAUUGAAAGCUAAGUCUCUCUGACACAAACCCACAAACACAAAGUGUGCAUGUGAAGACAAUGACAAUACCCACACAACCGGUAUCUUCAAGUCCCAGCAAAAUCCAUGCCUCUUCUGCUUUUCUUUCUUCAAUGCGCAUCAUUUUGGCUUCUCUGUAAUCUCUGUAUAUCAGCUGAUUUUAAGAAGCUGCGUCUUUGGUGCAAUGUUGCUUCAAUUGGUGCAUUUCUAGGUCUUUUCCUGGGGUUUUCUCUUGGAUCUCCUAGAAAUGGCUCUGUUUAGGAAGUUCUUCUAUCGAAAACCGCCUGACGGCCUUUUCGAAAUCUCCGAAAGGGUUUAUGUCUUUGACUGCUGCUUUACUGCAGAUAUUUUGGAAGAUGAUGAAUGUAAAGUCUACAUAGGAAACAUAGUUAGUCAACUUCGUGACUACUUUCCAGACUCUUCAUUCAUGGUCUUCAACUUCCGAGAGGGAGAGAACCAAAGCCAGAUUGGGAGCAUAUUAUCUGAGUAUGAUAUGACUGUAAUGGACUAUCCUCGUCACUAUGAAGGUUGCCCAUUGCUCACUAUGGAGAUGAUCCACCACUUUCUCAAAUCAAGUGAAAGCUGGCUGUCACUUGUGCAACAAAAUGUGCUACUGAUGCAUUGCGAACAAGGUGGCUGGCCAGUUUUGGCUUUCAUGCUUGCUGCACUCUUGAUAUAUAGGAAGCAAUUCACCGGUGAGCAGAAAACCCUAGACAUGAUUUACAAGCAAGCACCUAGAGAGCUUUUGCAGCUGAUGUCACCCCUCAAUCCAUUGCCUUCACAACUGAGGUACCUGCAAUAUGUAUCAAGAAGGAAUGUGGGCUCACAGUGGCCUCCACUGGAUAGGGCACUUACUCUGGACUGUGUUAUUCUUAGAGUUAUUCCCAAUAUGAAUGGAGAGGGUGGUUGCCGUCCAAUAUUUAGAAUUUAUGGUCAGGACCCUUUAAUGGUUGCUGAUCAAACUCCCAAAGUUCUUUUCUCGAGACCAAAAAGGAGCAAACUUGUUCGGCAUUACAAGCAGGAAGUUUGUGAUUUAAUUAAAAUAGACAUCCAUUGUCAUAUUCAAGGUGAUGUUGUGAUGGAAUGUAUUAGUGUGGACAGUGAUUUGGAAAGGGAACACAUGAUGUUCCGUGUUAUGUUCAAUACGGCCUUUAUAAGAUCAAAUAUAUUGAUGCUUAACCGUGAUGAAAUUGACACAUUAUGGAAUGUUAAAGAUCAAUUUCCAAAGGACUUCAGAGCUGAGGUUCUUUUUUCAGAGAUGGAUUCUAUUUCAUCUCGUACUUCAAUUGAUUUGCCGGGUUUGGAGGAGAAAGGUGGCCUUCCUGAGGAAGCUUUUGCUAAAGUUCAAGAGAUUUUCAGCAAUGUGGACUGGCUAGAUACAAAACCUGAUGUGGCAUUAAAUGUGCUUCAGCAUAUCACUACACUCCAAGAAAAUUUGGAGGCUGUUUCUCCACGGAAAGCACAAAAAGGCAGCAUGAACACUGAAAAAUUUCAACAUGAAUCGAAGUUAAAUCAAGUAGAGAAAAAGAGUGGGAGUCCCACAUCCCCUAGUCUACGGGAACUAUCUGUAGAUGCAAAUUCAGUUAUGGAGAAGGUUGAACCCCAAGAACCAAAGGUUGCACUGCAAUGGCCUGCUCAGUCGAAGAUCUUAUCCUCAAGAGUGUCAAAGACUUCACGAUCUUCUCCAUAUCAUAGCACCUCCCCAACCGUUGGCAUUUCAGCUUUGUUGCAUGAUCAUGCUGCAUCUAACAGUGAGGAAGCCAUGCGCCCAUUGACAUUAACAUCCUCAACAAUUUCAUCCCCAACAAUUUCAUCCCCUCUCACAAAUGUACAGAAAUCUGUGCAGCUCAGCCAUGUCUCUCAUGUAAGGCUGCCAUCACCGUCACUGUCGCUGUCGCUGCCGCCGCCGCCGCCACCACCAUCUUCUACAUCAUUGCAAUGUUCCAUUGAGGCUACCACCACUUCAGAAAAAAUUUCUGCUGCUGACUAUCCUCCACCUCAAUCAACUUCAAAAGCAACAAAAUCUUCACCUAAUCAUUGUCCUGAAAAAUUAUCAGAUAGAAGUUGGUCAUUAUCGGGUCCUGCUACCCUACUUCCAUCCCCUUCUCCUCAAGGGUCAUCUCCUUCUGCCUAUGAGAGUUCAUCCUCAACUCCCCCUCCCCCUCCUCCACCCUCUUCUUUUUCAGGGGAAUCACCAUCACCUAGAGAAAGGAAAUCAUUCUCACCUCCUUCUCCUUCUCCCCCUCCGCCUCCCCCUCCCCCUCCUCCUCCCUCUUAUUUUUCCAGAGCAUCCUCAUCACCCAAAGUUAAUAAAUCAUUCUCAACUCCCCCUCCCCCUCCUCCACCUUCAUUUUUUUCAGGAACAUCUCCAUCCUCCACAAUCAAGAAUUCACAUUCGACUCUCUCUCCUCCUCCACCCACUGAGAUUGCUUCAUUAGUUGCUAGCUCAGGACCUCCUCCACCUCCUCCACCCCCAUGUUCUGGGUCUGUAUUGGGCCCUUCCAGCAUUGCUAAAGUGCCACCACCACCCCCUCCUCCAAGUUCUGCUCGAAACUCAUCUAACAGUUCUGCAUGUAUUCCUCCUGUGCCACCACCUCCUGCUCCUUUUGCCCAAGGGUUAUCAAACCCUCCUGCUGCUUCAUCACCAUCUCCUUAUGGAGUUGGCAAUGGAAAUGUGCCUCCAGUUCCUGGACCACCUUCUGGUGCUCCAUUCAGUUUAAAGGGGCGAGGCCUAUCACGUCCAAGUUCAAGAAGUCAGGUUCAACCUAGAAAGGCCAACUUGAAGCCCUAUCACUGGUUAAAAUUAACUAGAGCCAUGCAAGGAAGUCUAUGGGCUGAGACACAAAAAUCUGAUGAAGCUUCCAAGGCUCCAGAAUUUGACAUGUCAGAACUUGAAAGUCUGUUCUCAGCAGCUGCACCAACUACUGGUCAAGGAGGCACAGGGGGAAAAUCAAAUCGCCGCACCUUGGGACCUAAAUCUGAUAAAGUUCAGCUGAUUGAGCUUAGACGGGCAUAUAAUUGUGAGAUUAUGCUCUCAAAGGUUAAAAUUCCUCUGUCUGACCUAAUGAGUUCUGUCCUUGCCAUGGAUGAUUCAGCUCUAGAUGUUGAUCAGGUUGAUAACCUUAUCAAGUUCUGUCCAACAAAAGAAGAGAUGGAAUUGCUUAAGGGUUAUAAUGGAGAUAAAGAAAACUUGGGAAAGUGCGAACAGUUCUUCUUAGAGUUGAUGAAAGUGCCACGGGUAGAGUCAAAACUAAGAGUUUUUUCUUUUAAGCUACAAUUUCAUCCCCAGGUUUCUGACCUCAGAAGAAAUUUGAAUGUUGUAAAUUCGGCUGCUGAAGAGAUCAGGAGUUCAGUCAAGUUGAAAAGGAUCAUGCAAACUAUUCUUUCCCUGGGUAACGCUUUGAACCAUGGAACUGCAAGGGGUUCUGCUAUUGGAUUUCGGCUGGACAGUCUCCUCAAACUCACAGAUACACGAGCUCGGAACAACAAGAUGACUCUCAUGCAUUAUCUCUGUAAGGUACUUGCUGAAAAGCUUCCAGAGCUGCUGGAUUUCCCAAAGGACCUCAUGAAUUUGGAGGCUGUGACCAAAAUACAACUGAAAUAUUUGGCAGAGGAAAUGCAAGCCAUUAGUAAAGGGCUGGAGAAAGUUGUGCAGGAAUUGACUGCUUCAGAGAAUGAUGGUCAAGUGUCAGAAAAUUUUUGCAUGACCCUAAAGGCAUUCCUUAGUUCUGCUGAAAGUGAAGUGAGAUCUUUGGCUUCACUUUAUUCUACCGUGGGUAGAAAUGCUGAUGCAUUGGCCCUUUAUUUUGGGGAAGAUCCUGCUCGUUGCCCAUUUGAGCAAGUUGUAUCUACUCUGCUCAAUUUCGUUAGGAUGUUUGUCCGAGCACAUGAGGAAAACUGCAAGCAGCUCGAAUUUGAAAAGAAAAAGGCAGAGAGGGAAGCAGAAAAUGAAAGAUUGAAGGUGAAUGGUUCCAAAAAGGAGUCUGAAAACUUGAUGCCGACUCCUAUCAAGAGUGGGAAUAUCAAAUAAUCAUGGACUGUAUAUGCCAUAGUCUAUUGAACAAAACAGAAGUGGUUCUCAUGUAGAUAAGCAUCAUUGCACUAAUCGUUGAACACUCAUUUCAUGGACCAAGGAAAAACCUAAAACAUGCAUUGGUAUGGGGAAAAAAAAGGGAUUUUACCAUGCCGCAAGAAUAUGCUGUUGAGGAAAUGCAUGUGCUUAUCACAGCGACAAAUUCCCAUCUUGAGCUAGAUGUUGGUGCAAUGGAGUUUUGUUCAACGGACCACUUCCAAGAUAUGUCAAGACUUAUGUUGUAAAAAUAUGUUGUUAUAUCCUUUGUUUUUCAUAAUUUAUAUGUAGGAGGGCUAUAUUUGGUUAAAAGGUUGUAUUAUUCUUCUGUAUAUUUGAGUUUAGUGAUGUAAAUGUUUAAAUCUAGUCAAGCAAUAUUAGUAUCUAGAGUGUAAUUUCAUUAUGAUUAAUGGAGAAAGAUUCACAGCCCUAUAUAUUUAAUAGCUAAUUGUUGAAA